AGUGAGUGCGAGACGACGACGCGCCGACAGCUGACUUGCUCGAGCGCGACGGAGUCACAGUGUCAUCGUGAACCGCGCCGCGAGCCCGUCAAGCCUCUGGCCGGACGGAGAUAGUUAUCGCUCGAACAUAAAAUUUCGCGGAGGAGAUGUCCAGCGCCAAGAUCAUAGAGAAUCCAGAAGUACCGGGAUUCGAAUGUUUUCUGCCACCGCCACCGCCACCGCCGCCACCGCCGCCUCCCCCGCCACCGCCACAGCCUUCUUCUUGUUUGAAUAAACCCUUGGACAACAACAAUGGGCACUCGACAACGACGCAACAGCAACGAACGACGAGCGAGAACGUGAUGACCGCUGCAACAGCACCGAUAGCGACCGGCAACGACGGGGUUCCUUCGACCCUUGGUACGUUCCCGAAUGUACUCCCUGUGCCAUCGAGUCCGUACAUGCUGCAUCCGACGAUGCAACCGCAAACUCCCGGACAGACGUCAACCCCAACCCCAUGGUGGAUACCCACCGACAACGAUACCUCGGACAUUUACGCCCAAUGGUACGAUCCGACCUAUAAGGGUGCAUCAGCCGCGACAACGGUCUCCCCCGUGGCGACACCAGCUAUUGGGAAAAACAAGAGCAAGAAUUUUUACAAACGCAAGAACGAGUUUAUCGAUCCCGCACAGGAUGCAGAAAAAGUGGCGAGUGCGCAGAGGGAAUUGUCGGGACUGAUGAAACCGCUCAAAUGUGAUCUGUGCAAUGCAGUCAUGAACUCCACGUUGCAAGCGAAAUUGCACUAUGACGGCAAGCCGCAUCAGAAAAAAGUAUCCAUGUUUCUCAAUCAGAGCGUUAAAAAACAGAAAACGGAAGAUGGCCAAGUGAGCAGUACGACCAAUAACGACUGGCAAAACUACUGUGAUAUAUGCAAAACGUGGUUCACUUCGCAAACAGACGCCACGCAACACUACGCGGGCAAAAAGCAUAUUAGAGCAGCAAACGGUGGGCCACGUGCAAGGCCCUCGAAAAAGUCGCAGAAUCAAAAUCAAUACAAUCAGGUGGAUUCGACGGGUCGCUUCGGAAUUGGAAUAGCUUUCCAGGCGGACACGCCCGCACCGGCCGCGGCACCGCCAGUGGUGACAGAAACCGCCGCGACGCCAAGUCCAGCGGCUGCAUCCAUCUUUGCAGCAUCAUCGUAUCUCACACCGUUGCGUUGCGAUUUGUGUGGAGUUUCGGCCAACCGUCAGGAUCAACUAGAGACGCACAAACGCGGAGCCCGACAUUUAAGGAUGUUAAGGCUCAAUGGACUCGCUGUGCCUGAAACCGGUAAUAUCCGUGAACGAGAUACAUAUAUAUUGCGCGAUAAUUUGUUGAAGCUUCUUAUUCCAAUUUCAGUUGAAAACGAAAACGUGUCCAACGUCUCGGAAUCUAUAGAUUAUUCUAUUUAUCGGACACCAUCGGGUCAAUAUUACUGUGCACCGUGCAACCUAUCAUUGAAUUCGGAGACUACGUUUGCUCAACAUGUAGAAAGCAAGAAACAUAAAAAUCAGUCUAAUCCAAAGUUGCCCAAUGCCGUAGUAGCGGCAAAAAAAGCUAGAUUCAAGAAAAAAUAAAACCGAUAAUUACUUUUUAAUGCAAUAAUGCAUAGUAUUCCCCAGUUCCAUUUCUUUAAUCAAAACCUUGAUUAUGCUUUUGUUUUCAUGUAUGCGUGUGUUUUUAUGGAUUUGUCACAUGGAUUUGUAUGAUAAGAAGACGACCUUCGUUUGAAAUGUUUGAAAUGUUAAAAAUGCAAUAAACUGUGAUAAACUGUUAAACAUUGAAGU